UUUUUGUACCCAAUGAAACAGCAUUGUUGUCGAAUGAGUCCUGGGCUUGGAGCUAGAGCAAGCCCUAGACCGUGACUCUUACGGGGGGAAAUUAGGUUCUUGGUUUUACUAGGUCGUGUGUGGGAAGGUGUUCGGCGUCCUCCCCCUGGGACGGGAUUCGAACUCGUCAUCCGACGGGCCCGCCCAUAGGGUCUCCCCGGGUCUCCGCGUCGAGCCGGCGAGUUGGGGAAGGGGGCGCCUGAGGGCAACCGAGGACGUGCGUGCGUAUGUGCGUGCGUGCGUGGAUUCGGGCGGGCGGGCGAGUCCACGGGGCGGGGCGCCGAGGGGGUGGCGCGCGCGGGGCGGCCGGCUGGGCGGCGGGCACGCGCCGGCCUCUUCGCUCUGGGCCCCCCUCGCGCGCACGGCGAGUGGUUCCGCCCGGCCCCCGGCUCAUUGUGCUCGCCUCACGCCGGCCCAAGAUGGCGGAGGCGCUGGAGGCCCCGGGCCUGUGACCACAAAGAGGGAGCCGGGGGCCGGGCCGGACCGGAGCGCGGCGGCGGCGGCGGCGGCGGCCGAGGCCGAGGCCAGGCCCCCUCCCCUCAGCCUCCCGCCCCUCCCUCCUGCCCGCCCUCCUCCGCCCACCGGCGGCCCCGCCCCUCCCCCAACCGCCCGCCUAGCAUGGUGCGGCGGCCGCGCGCGCGGACAUGGGGGAGAAGCUGGAGCUGAGACUCAAGUCGCCCGUGGGGGCUGAGCCCGCCGUCUACCCGUGGCCGUUGCCGGUCUACGACAAACAUCACGAUGCUGCUCAUGAAAUCAUCGAGACCAUCCGAUGGGUCUGUGAAGAAAUCCCGGAUCUCAAGCUCGCUAUGGAGAAUUACGUUUUAAUUGACUAUGACACCAAAAGCUUCGAGAGCAUGCAGAGGCUCUGCGACAAGUACAACCGCGCCAUCGAUAGCAUCCACCAGCUGUGGAAGGGCACCACGCAGCCCAUGAAGCUGAACACGCGGCCGUCCACUGGGCUCCUGCGCCACAUCCUGCAGCAGGUCUACAACCACUCAGUGACUGACCCCGAGAAGCUCAACAACUACGAGCCCUUCUCCCCUGAGGUGUACGGGGAGACCUCCUUCGACCUGGUGGCCCAGAUGAUCGACGAGAUCAAGAUGACCGAUGACGACCUGUUUGUGGACUUGGGGAGCGGUGUGGGCCAGGUCGUGCUCCAGGUCGCCGCUGCCACCAACUGCAAACAUCACUAUGGCGUCGAGAAAGCGGACAUCCCGGCCAAGUAUGCGGAGACCAUGGACCGCGAGUUCAGGAAGUGGAUGAAAUGGUAUGGAAAAAAGCAUGCAGAAUACACAUUGGAGAGAGGCGAUUUCCUCUCAGAAGAGUGGAGGGAGCGAAUCGCCAACACGAGUGUUAUAUUUGUGAAUAAUUUUGCCUUUGGUCCUGAGGUGGAUCACCAGCUGAAGGAGCGGUUUGCAAACAUGAAGGAAGGUGGCAGAAUCGUGUCCUCGAAACCCUUUGCACCUCUGAACUUCAGAAUAAACAGUAGAAACUUGAGUGACAUCGGCACCAUCAUGCGCGUGGUGGAGCUGUCGCCCCUGAAGGGCUCGGUGUCGUGGACGGGGAAGCCAGUCUCCUACUACCUGCACACUAUCGACCGCACCAUACUUGAAAACUAUUUUUCUAGUCUGAAAAACCCAAAACUCAGGGAGGAACAGGAGGCAGCCCGGCGCCGCCAGCAGCGCGAGAGCAAGAGCAACGCGGCCACGCCCACCAAGGGCCCCGAGGGCAAGCUGGCCGGCCCCACCGACGCCCCCAUGGACUCUGGUGCUGAGGAAGAGAAGGCAGGAGCAGCCACCGUGAAGAAGCCAUCUCCCUCCAAAGCCCGUAAGAAGAAGCUCAACAAGAAGGGGAGGAAGAUGGCUGGCCGCAAGCGCGGGCGCCCCAAGAAGAUGAGCACUGCGAACCCCGAGCGGAAGCCCAAGAAGAACCAAACUGCACUGGAUGUCCUGCACGCCCAGACCGUGUCUCAGACGGCAGCCUCCUCGCCCCAGGAUGCCUACAGGUCCCCUCACAGCCCGUUCUACCAGCUACCUCCGAGCGUGCAGCGUCACUCCCCCAACCCGCUGCUGGUGGCGCCCACCCCGCCCGCGUUGCAGAAGCUGCUAGAGUCUUUCAAGAUCCAGUACCUGCAGUUCCUGGCAUACACAAAGACCCCCCAGUACAAGGCCAGCCUGCAGGAACUGCUGGGCCAGGAGAAGGAGAAGAACACCCAGCUCCUGGGCGCGGCUCAGCAGCUCCUCAGCCACUGCCAGGCCCAGAAGGAGGAGAUCAGGAGGCUGUUCCAGCAAAAAUUGGAUGAGCUGGGCGUGAAGGCGCUGACCUACAACGACCUGAUUCAGGCGCAGAAGGAGAUCUCCGCCCACAACCAGCAGCUGCGGGAGCAGUCAGAGCAGCUGGAGCAGGACAACCGUGCGCUGCGCAGCCAGAGCUUGCAGCUGCUCAAGGCUCGCUGCGAGGAGCUGCAGCUGGACUGGGCCACGCUGUCCCUGGAGAAGCUGCUGAAGGAGAAGCAGGCCCUGAAGAGCCAGAUCUCAGAGAAGCAGAGGCACUGCCUGGAGCUGCAGAUCAGCAUCGUGGAGCUGGAGAAGAGCCAGCGGCAGCAGGAGCUCCUGCAGCUCAAGUCCUGUGUGCCGCCUGAUGAUGCCCUGUCUCUGCAUCUACGCGGGAAGGGUCCCCUGGGCCGCGAGCUGGAGCCUGAUGCCAGCCGGCUGCACCUGGAGCUGGACUGCGCCAAGUUCUCGCUGCCUCACUUGAGCAGCAUGAGCCCGGAGCUCUCCAUGAACGGCCAGGCUGCCGGCUAUGAGCUCUGCAGUGCGCUGAGCCGGCCCUCGUCCAAGCAGAACACACCCCAGUACCUGGCCUCACCCCUCGACCAGGAGGUGGUGCCCUGCACCCCCAGCCACGGUGGCCGGCCACGCCUGGAGAAGCUGUCUGGCCUGGCUGCACCCGACUACACCAGGCUGUCCCCGGCCAAGAUUGUGCUGAGGCGGCACCUGAGCCAGGACCACACGGUGCCCGGCAGGCCGGCCGCCAGUGAGCUGCACCCGAGAGCUGAGCACACCAAGGAGAACGGCCUUCCCUACCAGAGCCCCAGCGUGCCUGGCAGCAUGAAGCUGAGUCCCCAGGACCCGCGGCCCCUGUCACCUGGGGCCUUGCAGCUUGCUGGAGAGAAGAGCAGUGAGAAGGGCCUGAGAGAGCGCGCCUACGGCAGCAGCGGGGAGCUCAUCACCAGCCUGCCCAUCAGCAUCCCGCUCAGCACCGUGCAGCCCAACAAGCUCCCGGUCAGCAUCCCCCUGGCCAGCGUAGUGCUGCCCAGCCGCGCUGAGAGGGCGAGGAGCACCCCCAGUCCCGUGCUGCAGCCCCGCGACCCCUCGUCCACACUUGAAAAGCAGAUUGGUGCUAAUGCCCAUGGCGCUGGGAGCAGAAGCCUUGCCCUGGCCCCCGCAGGCUUCUCCUAUGCUGGCUCGGUGGCCAUCAGCGGAGCCUUGGCGGGCAGCCCAGCCUCUCUCACACCUGGAGCCGAGCCGGCCACCUUGGAUGAGUCCUCCAGCUCUGGGAGCCUUUUUGCCACCGUGGGGUCCCGCAGCUCCACACCACAGCACCCCCUGCUGCUGGCGCAGCCCCGGAACUCGCUCCCGGCCUCUCCCGCCCACCAGCUCUCCUCCAGCCCCCGGCUUGGUGGGGCUGCCCAGGGCCCGAUCCCCGAGGCCAGCAAGGGGGACUUGCCCUCAGAUUCCGGUUUCUCAGAUCCUGAGAGUGAGGCCAAGAGGAGGAUCGUGUUCACCAUCGCCACUGGUGCGGGCAGCGCCAAACAGUCGCCCUCUAGCAAGCACAGCCCCCUGACCGCCAGCGCCCGUGGGGACUGCGUGCCGAGCCACGGGCAGGACAGCCGCAAGCGUGGGCGGCGGAAGCGAGCAUCGACGGGGACGCCCAGCUUGAGCGCAGGCGUGUCCCCCAAGCGCCGAGCCCUGCCGUCCGCCGCUGGCCUUUUCACACAGCCUUCGGGGUCUCCCCUCAACCUCAACUCCAUGGUCAGUAACAUCAACCAGCCCCUGGAGAUUACAGCCAUCUCGUCCCCUGAGACCUCCCUGAAGAGCUCCCCUGUGCCCUACCAGGACCACGACCAGCCCCCCGUGCUCAAGAAGGAGCGGCCUCUGAGCCAGACCAAUGGGGCACACUACUCCCCGCUCACCUCGGACGAGGAGCCAGGCUCUGAGGAUGAGCCCAGCAGCGCCCGAAUUGAGAGAAAAAUUGCAACAAUCUCCUUAGAAAGCAAAUCUCCCCCGAAAACCUUGGAAAAUGGUGGUGGCUUGGUGGGAAGGAAGACCACGCCUGCGAGCGAGCCAGUCAACAACAGCAAGUGGAAGUCUACUUUCUCGCCCAUCUCCGACAUCGGCCUGGCCAAGUCUGCAGACAGCCCGCUGCAGGCCAGCUCCGCCCUCAGCCAGAACUCCCUGUUCACGUUCCGGCCCGCCCUGGAGGAGCCCCCUGCCGAUGCCAAGCUGGCCACCCACCCCAGGAAAGGCUUUCCUGGCUCUCUGUCGGGGGCUGACGGACUCAGCCCAAGCACCAACCCUGCCAACGGCUGCACCUUUGGCGGGGGCCUGGCGGCGGACCUGAGUUUACACAGCUUCAGCGAUGGUGCUUCUCUUCCCCACAAGGGCCCCGAGGCGGCCGGCCUGAGCUCCCCGCUGAGCUUCCCCUCGCAGCGUGGCAAGGAGGCCUCGGACGCCAACCCUUUCCUGAGCAAGAGGCAGCUGGACGGCCUGGCUGGGCUGAAGGGCGAGGGCAGCCGCAGCAAGGAGGCAGGGGAGGGCGGCCUGCAGCUGUGUGGGCCCACGGACAAGACCCCGCUGCUGACCGGCAAGGCCGCCAAGGCCCGGGACCGCGAGCUCGACCUCAAGAAUGGCCACAACCUCUUCAUCUCCGCUGCGGCUGUGCCUCCUGGAAGCCUCCUCAGCGGCCCCGGCCUGGCCCCGGUGGCGUCCUCCGCAGGCGGCGCGGCGUCCUCCACCCAGACGCACCGGCCCUUCUUGGGCCCCUUCCCGCCGGGACCGCAGUUCGCGCUCGGCCCCAUGUCCCUGCAGGCCAACCUCGGCUCCGUGGCCGGCUCCUCCGUGCUGCAGUCGCUGUUCAGCUCUGUGCCGGCUGCCGCAGGCCUGGUGCACGUGUCGUCCGCUGCCACCAGACUGACCAACUCGCACGCCAUGGGCAGCUUUUCCGGGGUGGCAGGCAGCACAGUUGGAGGUAACUAGGAUUUCUACCUCAACCGCGAGACCUAUGCAAGGACGGUGUGGACCAACUAGCGCCCGUGGCAUGGUGCCCACCGGCCUGCCAGGCUCCCACCCCUGGAUGGCAGAGGCGAGGACGGACGGGAGCUCCACUGUGAAUCGGCGGCGCACGCCGCAGGAGGCUGGGACUGGUCCAGUUUGUACUGUCGAUAGUUUUAGAUAAAGUAUUUAUCAUUUUUUAAAAAGUAUAAACAAUUCUGACUUAUUUUAUUCCAUCUAAGUGGUAAAAGGCAACCUAUUGAGAAAUAUAAAUAUCUAUAUAUGAGAGAUCUAUAUAAAGACACGUGUCUGCAGGGCGGGCCCGCCAGCGGAUUCGCCGACAGCCUGCCCCGGUGCUAUCUCAUCCCCAGGCCCGCGCCUGCCUCCACCCGCUUGGUGCUGACUAGACGCUGACAACGCCGAACCCCGUUCUCAGAAACGCCGCCCGGCCAGCUCCCCCGACGCACUGCUCCCGUACCAAAGGCAGGCCCGUCGCCACCACAUUCCUCGGAGGCCCCCACCGCGGCCUGAGCCCCUUCCUGAGCCCCUGGCGCCUGCCCUGAGCUCUUCACCUUUACCCCGGCACUGUGAACCCUUAGACUGUUCACCCUCCGGGGCUUGGGUCGCGCCCUUGCACGAGAACGGGUCUGCGCGGUGGUGUAGCUGGCCGCGUGCUGUGCGAUGGUGCUGUGAGGACGGCCAGGCACGUUUAACAAGUGCAUUUACUUUUGUAUUUCUCGGCUGUCCAUGGCUCGCAGCGUGCCCUGCGAUGUGGGGCAGGCCUGUGUGGGUCCGUUGGUGUUUCUGUACAGGAGAGAGUCACACUAAUGAGUGGCAGUAUUUUAUAGAGAUGUGAUGAGAAUUUAUAAAUUUCAUAGAUUUGACAGCUUCUAUUUUUAGAUGGUAUAAUGCACAGUGAAGAGGAAAAAAAAAGCGAGGGGAAAAACCUUAUUUAUUCAAACAGUGCACAAAGUGGCCCCGGGGUCGGUCCCCACCCCAGACCCCUCAGUGGCAGCUCCCAGCAGCCCAGACAGAGCUGCCGGCGCCCCUGCCUGCCCCACAUCCCCUUCCUGUCAGGGUCACGCCUGGCACCCGUCCCGUGAAGCCUGUGGUGGCUCUCCCAGCUGCUGUGGGUGUGCUGGGGCCGGGGCGCACUGCUGAAGCCUGGCCUCUCUGGCCUUAGGCCCUAGGGCGAUGUCGGCCCCCCACUCUGCAGCCUGGGGGGUGCCUGGGACUGGGUGUGGAAGGAGAGGCGCUGAGCCGGGGUGUGGCAGGCAGGCAGGGCCACUCUGGUGCUUCGGGAGCCCUGCAGUCGGCCUGGGUUGUCUGGGGAGUGGUGGCUCUGUGCCCUCCCUGGAGGAUGGGAUCUGGGAGUCUGAGCUGCCCACACCUGACCCCGGGCUGUGUGGCACUCCCUGAGCCCACCUUCUCAAGUGCUUGCCCCUGUGAGGUGGCAUCCGGGAGCCUCUUCCCCAGGGUGCCACAGAUCCACCCUCCAGGUGUCAGCCCUGCGUUCCGGUUCCCAAGGGCAGGAUGGACACACAUCAUGUCCCUACCACGUUUUCCUGCCGCGUGGCCUCCAGAGGGAGCCGAGGAGGAAAGGUUUCUGUGGUUGCUAGGUGGGCGAGUGCUGUGUGGGAGGGCCUGGAAGACCCCUGCUUGUGCCUGGUGGGGGUGCUGCCUCCCCCGGCCCUCAACAACCUCUCAGACCCCUGUCCCCCAAUAUAGUUGAGUUCUGAAGAUGGUGCUCCAGACCUGUCCCUUAGGUGGCGCCCAGCGCCUUCCCCGCCCCGCGUUGGUGCUCUCAGUUCGAAGGUGCUGUGCCUCUGCCUGAGCCCCAAGCCCUGAGCCUGGCCUUCAGGACGGGCAGCCCGCUCCAUGUCGCCACGGGCCCGAUAUGCUGCAGGGUUGAUGGCAGAGAAGGCAUGGAGUCCCUGGUCUAGAACAAGACACAUUCUUUAAACACUGUAUCACUUCUGCCUCCCUCUAGGGGACAGUGGCAGUCCGGGUGCCACCGCGGGUCCUGCAGACGGGCCAUGCAGGGCUCCUGCCCAUGCAGCCCAUAUCCACACACAGACGACCGUGUGGUCAGGGCGCACACUGGGUCUUGGAGCCACUGGCCCAGGCAGAAGUCUUCUUGAGCCCACUGGGUCACAUGCGUGUCACCACACAUCAACUAGUGUGGUGCUGCCUGUGGACACUCUCCUGUUCUGAGCCCUGGACCCGUGUCCCUCUCGGGCACUCCCAGACUGAGGGGGGGUGUAUGGCAGGUGGCGGGAUGGCUGUGGAGCCUGGUGAUCUUGGAGCCUGGUGCUGGCACCUGGUCUGAGUUUCCAUGGGCAGCCGACGGGGACCUGUGCUGCUGCUGCUGACUGUGGGCAGGCGGGCGGCGCCUGGGAGUGGCUUUUGCUCAGGAAUCGAUAGGAACCCUAACGACUAGGACACCCUCUCCUUGGCCCACGAGGCGCACACGGUGACUUAUUUAAGACUUCCCCCUUAAUUUAUCUGCCCCCAAGACGCGUCAGUCUGUUCAAUGGUCAGCAGGGGACCCCCCGCCCGCCAGCUGACUGCCCUCGUCAUCGGUGGUCAGAUCCUCCCCCUCCCACCCCCACCAACACAACACGCUGCUGGUCUGUGUCAGCCUUUGUAACACGCGGGAGGCUCUGCCGUGUCUUUCUGGUGAACUGUAUUUGGAUUGCGCGCAUUGUCACGGUCCGCCCCCGGGCUGCGGGCGCCCCUCCCUCCGGGCACCCCUGCAUUCUGCAUCCCCACCUCUAGACGCUGUAAUAAACAGACCGUUUUCACUUGGA